AUGCUGCUGUCGGGAACAACAUGCUUCCUUGAGGCGAUGCUGACCCACGGAAGCGGCGUGGGGAAUGUAGCCCGUGCGGUAGAGGAGAUGGGCAUCCGCGCCUGUCUCGGCAAGCUGGUCAAAUUCGUCGAGACGAACCCGGCGCUCGGCGUCACAGAUGCUCGGGACCGUGACGUCCAUCACAUGAGCAUCGACUCACUACUCGAUGCGCACAAGACACACCACGAUUCCUGCGAUGGUCGCCUACAGGUCUGGGCUGCGUGUGGGACUCCUCGCGGCGCGCCCCUGGAUGGCUACGCAAAGGUCGGAGAGGCGUGCAAGGCGCACGACAUCGGCAUCACGAUGCACUGCGCCGAAGCACCCGGCGACCUGCCCAUCUUCCACGAUGUGUACAACAUGUCGCCCAUGGCUUUCUGUCGGGAUGCAGGGCUGACGAGCCGCAAGACGGUGCUGGCGCACAUGUGCCACCUAGACGGCGAACCGGACCUUGCCAUCCUAGCGGAGACGGGGACCAGCGUAGCGCACAACCCGACCAGCAACCUGAAGCUGGCGUCUGGGAUUGCGGAUGUGCCUGCUAUGCUGAAGGCCGGCGUGAGUGUGGGACUGGGGACGGAUGGCGCUCCUUGCAACAACUCCUACGAUAUGCUCCGCGAGAUGCAUCUAGCGAGCAUAUUGCAUCGGGGUGUGACGCUAGAUGCGGGCAGUGUGGGUGCUCACCGGGCGCUCGAGAUGGCUACGAUAGGCGGUGCUCGAGCCCUUGGUUUAGCGACGGAGAUUGGCAGCAUCGAGGUAGGCAAGAAGGCCGAUCUGGUAGUUCUGGACCUCAGGGGAAGCUGGGCUGCGCCGUGGGAUCCGGAGACUGUGCGGCAGGGUGGGCUUGACCCGGUAGAUCUGGUGGUUGGCAGCUGUGUUGGGAGAGAUGUAGAGCUAGUCAUGGUCGAUGGUAGGAUAUUGGUGGAGGAUAGAAAGCUUGUUGAUAUUGAUGAGGGCGAGAUCAUCAAGGCGGCUCGGAGGGCUGUUACAGGCAUACAAAGUAGGAGUGGCGUUAAAGCCACGCAAAAAGCCGACUGGACGUAUGAAUAA